UCCAACAUGGCAGCCCGAGUGGAUCUUACGCGGUAACUCCAGCAGCUUCUCCACCGAGCUGAACCCGACCGGUCGAGCCAGGAUGCGGGAGCGACCGAAGAGGAAGAAGGGCCGGACGUGGGCGGAAGCCGCUAAAACGGUGUUGGAGAAAUACCCGAACACGCCCAUGAGCCAUAAAGAGAUCUUGCAAGUGAUCCAGAGAGAAAGACUUAAAGAAAUAAGUGGAACUUCACCGCUGGCAUGUCUGAAUGCGAUGCUGCACACAAACUCUCGUGGCGAGGAGGGGAUCUUCUACAAAGUUCCAGGCCGAAUGGGAGUCUACACGUUAAAGAAGGACAUCUCAGACGAGGCGAAGGAGCUGUCUGAGGAGAGCUCCGACGAGAGCAGCGACAACCUCUCAGACUCCAGAAGCUCCGAAAACAACAGCAUCUCCCAGGAGGGCAGGAGAGGACGCUGGAUGCGCAGAGUUCCCUCCAAGCCGUCGUCGCCGCAGCCUCGGUGCUCGUCGCCCUCCGUGCCCUCCAGUAAACUCAUCUCGCCCUCGCAGAAGCACGGCAAGAAAGCUCUGAAACAGGCCUUGAAGCAGCAGCAGCAGAGGAACCAGCGCAGACAGGGGGGGGGGAUGCCGACCACCUCCAGUCCCAGACUGCUCCUGAAAACCAUCAAAGACAUGGCUGACAACAUAACUCCAAAGGCUGCAGACUCAGGCCAUCCGGUCGUACAGAGGAAGGUUCCUCAGAGGGCAAGUCGCCUCAGUGCAGGGCAGAUCAAACGUACCAAGUGUACCAUCGACGUGGAGACUCCAGACUCGAUCCUGGUGAACACCAACCUGCGGGCGAUCAUCAACAAGCACACCUUCUCUGUCCUACCCUCCGACUGCCAGCAGAGGCUGCUCAAACUCCUGCCUGAAGUUGACCGGCAGGCUUGUAUUGACGGACUUCUCAAGGUCACUAGUUCUGCAUUAAACAACGAGUUCUUCACAUCAGCGGCUCAGUCUUGGAAGGAGAGACUGUCUGAGGGGGAAUUCACGCCGGAGUUGCAGCUACGAAUGCGUCAAGAAGUUGAGAAGGAAAAGAAAGUCGAGCUCUGGAAAGAAGCCUUCUUCGAAAACUAUUACGGUGAAAGUUCUGGGCUCAGCUAUGAAGAAUCCAAAGAGCUGACGAGGGCUGAUCAGAAUCAGGCGUGUGCCAGGCCCCCCCAGGCCCCCCCCCAUCAGACAAGACUGGCCACUCAGGCAUCAGAGGAAGCCAAGGGCAGAAAGGAGAGCAGCCAGGCCGAUGCUGCUGCUGCUGCUGCUAAAGACGUGAAGACAACACGGGCGUCGUCGCUGGAGCCUCCGAAAGCAUCGCCCGCUGUGAAGGAGCCGGUGGUCGCCACGGAGCCCAUGAAGACCCGGCGCUCGCAGCACGCCGAGGAGCGGAGGCUGAGCGCCACGGCACAGACGGAGACGACACCUGCGGUGAGAACACCUGCAGCCGAGAGUCGGACUGAGAGGAGAGCGGUGGCUGCGCUGCCGGAGAAGGAGCCGAAAGAAGAAGUGAAGGAGGAGAAACCCAAUCUGCCCCCAUCACCUGUGAAGAAGAGCCCUCCCCCCCAAAAGGGCAGUUCAGAGAUAAAGAAGGAUCCACCGAUGGAUCCAUCGAUGGAUCCAUCGAUGGAUCCACCGAUGGAUCCACCGAUGGAUCCACCGAUGGCUGUGGUUAAACCUGCUGAGAGCGAAGAGGUCCUCCCUGAGCCCGGUGGCACCGCGGAGCCUCUGAAGAGAAAAUCUGUCAGUGAGACGGAGGCUGAGCUGACACCAGAGAAGAGACCACGGAUGUCCUCAGUGUCCUCCGUGUCUUCGGUCGCCUCCGUUUCCCCCCCGGCAUCGUCCACAUCCAGCCCUCAGACACCGACGGGAGCGACGAAUCCGAGGGUUCCACCGCUCAAGAUCCCAGUGUCAAGAAUCCUUUCCGUUCCUGUGUCCCCGAGCCAAGUCUCACCCAGGACCCCAGGCACCCCCCCGCUCAGCAGCCCGGGCCGCACAGGUGCUCGCACUCUGGCUGACAUCAAAAUCAAAGCCCAGCUCGCCCGAGCCCAGCGAACGGCGGCGGCCGCGGUGUCGUCUGCCGCAAAGGGGGCGGUGCCAGGCCCGGGGCCAGGAGGGGGCAGUGGUGAGCAGACUCAUCCUUCACCCAGGUCCUGCCCAACAUCCCCCCAGACACCAACCAGGUUACAAUCCACCUCCUGCACCGGCCAUCAGAGCAGUCCUCCUUCUCGACCGCUGGACUCCUUAACUCAGAUGAACCCAAACGCGUCUCACACAUCUUUAUCAAACAAACCUCAAAAUACUUCAACACAAUCUUUAUCUGUGCAACCUAAGGGACCGGAAAACCCGGCUCCCGGUGGAUCCUCGACCAGGACCAGCUCCUGCAUCCCGGCCAACAACCCCCUGGUCUCUCAGCUCCUGCAGGGCAAAGAGGUUCCGCUGGAGCAAAUCCUCCCGAAGCCACAGUGCAAGGUGGAAGUGGAGAUGUCCAACUUUCCCUCUGGGAGUAAAGGGAAGACGUCCCACUCUGCUGAGCACAGGGCCGAUGUGCACAUGUCUCACCAGUUCAACACAGCAGCACGAGCGGGAGUCUUCUCCGAAUACUCGAGACACCACAGGGAACUUCCUGACAAGGAGACUCAGGAACAGAUCCUCCAGGCGCUGAUGCAGAGGAAGCUCCAGCAGCCCCAGCCCUAUGGAGUGUUGGGGCCUCAGUUCAAGACCCAUCAGCUGGUGCAUGCAGAGGAUCAUCAGGCCAGGAUUUGCGUUGGCUUUUUGGGUCGUAAGAGGAUUCCCAGGCCGGCCAUGACAGGACACUACCUGCUCAACGUGUCCACGUACGGCCGAGGACCAGAGAGUAAAAGACUGCAUCAGUCUGCCAUCCCCAACACGUCGGUGUUUGGUUUAAAAAGGGAAAACCUAGAAGUAGAGCCGGUGGCGAAGGAAGAAGAAUCAGUCAGGAAAGUUUUCUCUCCUGUUUCCGGGGUUAAACCGGAGCAGCAGGGAGUCACGAUAACCAGGUCUGAAGAAGCAGCGAGUUUUCCACACGGCUCCAACGUGAAAACUGAGCCGGGAUCAGAGGAGAGUGCAGCCGCUGCCGACCACAGCAGCACCGGUGCCACAGCCAAAGACACCAGCAGCUUUCCCCAGUCCCACCGAAGGCACCUCCAGCUCUGCAAUAGUAAUCAAGGAAGCUCCGAGCCAUAUCUGACCCGAGUGGACGCCGGUCACCAGCAGCCGCCGGCCUUCCACACCCAGAGGACGCUCGACCAUCAGGAACCUGUGGAAGCUUCGUGCUUCGGCGGCACGAUCAGCAUGUCCGUACCUCACACUCUGAACCGCAGCACCGCCGGCACCUGCUCCUCGGCGUCCUCGUCCGAGGCCGACGGCAGCGGCGGCGUCCACGGCAGCGUCAUGUCCUUCUCAGUGACCGUCACCACCAUCCCCGCCGGUCACCCGCUCGACCACAGCAGCCAGGGCGAGCCCUCGCCCGAGCAGUCCUUCAUCGAGGGCUCCAACAUGGAGGACGUGCAGUCUGCGUGUUACUGCCGCCUGAAGGCGAUGAUCAUGUGCAAAGGCUGCGGCGCCUUCUGCCACGACGACUGCAUCGGGCCCUCCAACCUGUGCGUCUCCUGUUUAGUGGUGCGAUGACGUGAAGUGGAACCAGAAGCGGUUCAGGCAGGAUCGGUGCAGAACGGGAUGAAGCAUGUUCGCCAAGCUCCAGAGAAAACAGCCAGCACGUGUGUCUGUGUGUGUGUGUGUGUGUUUGUGCGUG